GGCGAUCGCAACUCCCCCUAUCUCUCUCAACUCACUGGCCAUGGAUGUACGCAUCCUUCCCGCUUCAUCGGCUGCCAGGCAACCUGAGCGGAGGAGUCAAGGAUGAGAAUUCUGUCAAGGGAGCGUGUUCUGGGGUGCGUGAUCCUGUUGAGCCUCAUGAGGAGGGCCGUCGUUGUCAGCGCCGGUGGAUCGGCGCCGCCCGCGGCCACCGCAGCGACAGAUGACGACGCGCCAAACAGACGGGUCAGUCAGCACAAACACGGGAAUAUGGAAAGCCACGCACGGCCUCAUUGUCUGUCUGUCGUGCUUGUCUGUGUGCGUCUGUUGGUAACAGAUCCGCGGCCAGUUGAGGUCUGCUGCGGGUGCGGACGACCCCUCCGACUCAUCGGGCAGGAAGCGAGACUUGUUCACAGACGACUAUGGGUUUGAUGAUGACGAGUUUGAUGAUGAUGAUGAUGACGAUGAUGAUGACGAAUACACGGACGACCGCGGAACACGGCGGGAGGGAAUCGGCGGGGGGCGUGACAGGCGGCUGUCGCCAUUCGGGGGCGACGACACUUUCGACAGAGCCGAGUACGCCCGACGGCCCGUUUGAUGAUGGCAGACCGCGUCGCCGUCGCAAUGAGCCCUACAGGGCCGUGACAGCGACGGCGACGGCAGUGCAGGUGUUGGUCGAGUUUCGUUUCUUGUGUUCGUACUCUCGAGACUCGGGCGGGUGUGUGUGUUGUUUGCCCGACGAUGCACUUUUUAUUGCAUGCCAUUGAUGCACUCUCUCGCUCACUCACUCACGUGUUCAUCGACUGACUCAUCCUUUCAAUUGCUCGUCUCUCCGCCUGUGUAUUUUUCCGCCUGUUCAUACGCGUGUCGCGGCCGGGUCAGUCUCUCUCUCUCUCUCCCCCUCUCUGUGUAUGUCCAUCUCUAUCUCUGUGUAUCUCUGUCUGUGUGUCUCCCUCUUUUCCCUCUUUCUGGUUUCUGACUGACUCUGCGGAUGCAGCUGUGUUGUGCAGGCCUGUCUUGCCUCCUUCCUUCCGUGAGUGUGGGAGUUGAUUGAUUCGACCUGUCCGUAUCGUGGUGCGGUGCGGUGCGCUAUCUCGCUGGGUACAUGUACAUAAGAUACACACAUAUACAGCCGGGGUAGGUGAGAG